CUGCUGUGGCCUGUGUGCGUUUUGAAGAGCAGCAGCAGACACAUCUGUGACAUCAGUGUCUACUACAGGCUUAGGGUUGUUCUCCAGCAACCAGAAACUCUGUGGGAUCAUCAUGGGAAACUGCAUUUCAAGGCAAAAGGAGAAAAGAAAAGGGGACUCUGAUGAUAAAAACACUGAUAAUAAGGCAGACGACGUAAUGUACGCCUCUAUCAACCACACCACUGCCAAAGUGUCAAGAAGGACCAGGGCCACCAGUGACGAUGAUUGUGACUACGCCACAGUUAAUAUCCCGGCAGCAGAUCCACCCGCAGUCGAAUCUGAGUGCUCGUCUAAGGAGGAGUGUGCAGAUGAUUAUGUGCUCAUGGGGUAAUAAGCGCAAACCACCAUUGCAAGAUGCAAGACAAACAGAUUACAUCCAUGCAUGUCACCCGUCUUGUAAUGGUACAAAUGAACUCAUCACCUGAGAAACAGUGGUUUUCAACCGGCACAAGCUGGCGGUUGAAAAGCCUAGCCUCAAGAUCCUCCUUUCCACCUUUGAGGCAACCAUAGACCAGACUACAACUGUUCUCAAGAGGACAAAUUUGAAUUUGAACUUUUAACGGAGGGGACUCAGGAGAAUUGAUUCACAAGACGUCAUGAAAUCAGCGAAAUAUCUGGAAGUGGCCAGACGGAGAGAAAACUUAAUCCAGCGGUUGAGUUUGAGGACUUGAAAGUCAAUAAUUUUUCCCAGAACAGCAGCCGAUCCAGUGGCUUUGGAAGUGCUGUGACGAGUUUCACCGUUGACCUGAAUGAAUGAUGUUUUGAAGCCGCGUGUUGAAUUUUUAUUUUUGGAAGAAGUCAGUGGGUGUGGUACUGAGAAUUCAGGAAACUAUUUCACAUUGUCACCCCAUUGAAAGCUGUCGAAAAUUGUGUUUGAAUGCUCUCUAAGGUCGGCAGCAACCAUCGCAAAGCCUCUCACUAACUACCAGUCGUUACGCCUUGAAUGUCUGAGAGUCUUACAGCCACUACUUGUUGAAUUUUUUACAUUACUUUUGACGGCGUCAGUUUCUUGUUUGUCCAAAAAUAGUCAUGAGAACAGAAGGUGUUCAGUGUGUUUGGCCUUUUAAGCAUGUGGUGCGUGUGCUAAAACAACGAUAGGCUGCACAGAAAGUAGUUGUGACUGUGACUUUGUGCCUCUCAUGAAUCGACUAAUGUGAGCACAUCCGAUGUCAGGAUUUCCUACAGCAGAUGGAGGCUUGAUCUUUAUCUUUAUCAAGGCACUGCUGAAGCACAACGAAAGCCAAGCUCCACCUUAACCGAAGUUUCACAACCAAAACCCACGUCUAGUUGCCCUAACCAGCCUUUACUGAAAAGGUUACCAAUGCCUAAAAUGCAAUUUGUCUUUCUGCACAAUAACACAUUUUGUGAGGUUUGUGCCACGUGAAAUGUAGGAUAGAAAGUUACCCACAUAUACUGUAAUUUGCAAUUCCAAUUUUGAGCUCGCAUUGCAGCUAAGAAGUACUGCACACUUCCUAAAUGUACUACAGAUAUACAGUAUAUUUAAAACUUAAGAAUUUAUAAUUUUUGUGAUUUCUUUUUACAUGUACACAUGUUUUGUCUGUGUCAGUGUAUUAUUUAUAUGAUUUAAUUGAUGAAUAUGAAUCUUUACAAUAUAGCUUAAUUUACUGUAUGUGGACUUUUUUCAGUCGAUUUUUUUUAACUUUUUUUUUUUUUAGUGUUAGCAAAUUAAAAGUGUACCAACUUAC